AUGAAAUAAGCCAAGUUUACUGACAAUAGGAUUCAUGUUUCAGUCAGACUCAAACCACUCUAAGUUAAUGAAAAAUUAUUCGACAAAAAUAGGAUUUGGCAAGUUCAAAGUGACAAUUAGACCAUGGAAGAGGCAAAGGGGAUGAUCCUAUCUGCUCUAGAUGGGCUAAACGUAACUAUAUUCGCAUAUGGUUAGACUUCUUCAGGCAAAACUUUCACAAUGAGAGGAUCUCAAAGCAACCAAGGACUGAUUCCUUUAGCCUUAUCAGAAAUAUUCAAAGCACUUUACUCAAAAUAUUCAAAUUCAAAUCAGCUUCUUUAUAAUCAAGAUGGCUAUCAUCACAAUAAUCAUAAUAUGGCAGCAAAUUGGAGAGUCAAGGUUUCCUAUCUCGAAAUUUAUAAUGAAUGUGUGAAUGAUUUAUUAGAUCCAAACAAAAAGAACUUAGAUGUAAGAGAGUGCCGCUAAAGAGGUAUUUAUAUUGAUCAGCUGUCUCAGUUCGAAGUAAAAUCUUUGAAUGAUACUCUAAACUACUUAAAUUAAGGUGAUGAACAAAGAAUAAUAGCUGAGACUAGAUUAAAUGAGAAGAGUUCUAGAUCCCACACAGUGUUUAAAAUUGAAUUGAUGAUUGAAGAAAAGGAAGAGAGUACAGGGAAGUCUACAACUAAAACCUCCUAGAUUAAUUUAGUAGAUCUUGCGGGGUCUGAGGGUGUGAGUAGAACCAAAUCAGAAGGAAUGAGAUUUAGAGAGGGGGCCAACAUCAAUAAAAGUUUGCUUGCCCUAUCUAAUGUAAUAUGCAAACUCAGUCAAAAGAAUUAAUCAUCAGCCAAGAAUUACUUCAUAAACUUCAGAGAUUCCAAGCUCACUCGUAUUCUUUAAUAGUCUCUACAAGGCAACUCUAAAACUGCAAUUAUUUGCACAAUAUCAUAGCUAUUUGCGAAUUAUUAAGAAUCCAGAGAGACUUUGAAUUUUGGAGCUAAGGCUAAGAAUAUUAGAACUUAAGUUGUACUUAAUGAAUUAAUCACCAAUCCUGAUGAAGUGAAUCCUACUUAACUUUUGAUACUAUAAAAAGAAAAUGAAAGUCUUAGAGAGAAAAUAAAAACCUAAAUGGAAAUUCUGGAGUUAUUUGAAAAAGAAAAGGAUGAGUAGUAGGAUAAUUAAAAUUUAGGGUUGAUUCAUUUGAGAUAACACAUUGAAUAUUUGAAUCAGCUUUUGAGUGAGAAAGAUACUCAACUACUUGACAAAGAGAAGUAAAAUUUAAAGUUAUUAAAAUCACAAGAGACUCUUUAACUGGAAUAUAAAUCACUCAAUGAUUAACUGAAGUUAACGGAGGAGAAAUUUCUUAACGAGAGAAAUAGGCUAUAUAAUAAAGCAAGGUAGUAUAAAUAGAAACUUUAAGAAAUCAAUGAAAAGAAUGAUCUCUUAAAUGGUUUCUUUGAUAUUAAGCAAAAGUCUGCUCUUGAAAUAUCAGACACAUCUUUAUUAUCCUCUGCUAAUCAAGAGAACAUGACUAUAUAGAGUGUUUAGGAUUACUUGAAGAAGAUUGAUUCACUUUCAACCUAAAACAAAGACUUAAUGAGUAAAAUUAAUGAAAUGAAUGAAGAAUUAUUCCAAAAGUGCAAUUAAUAUGACAAACUGUAAGAUAAAGUAACCGAUUUAGAGGGUUAAAUGAAGGAAUUGAAAAUAGUCUCUAGAAAGAAGGACUAAUCCUUGAGUAAAAAGAACUUUGAAAUAUCAAACCUAAAAUCCAAGAUAGAAGUGCUGGAGAGAUAAUCUUAAUCUUUGUUUAAAGAUCUAGAUCACACACUGCAAGGCUUAAGUGCCAUAAAUAACAGUGGGAUUGACAUGAAUGAUGAAUUUUUAAAUGAGCAGGAAUUAUAAAUGUUAGACUCUCAGUCUUUUCAAGAAAUCAUUCAGUCUCAGAGAAAUAGCAUCUAACCAUCACAAAGAGGAUCGAGAGGGGAUAAUAACAGAUACUCUGUCCCUAUUUUGACAUAGAAAAUCUUAGAUGGUCAAACAUCAAAUUUAAUUAAAGAACUCUAGAAUAAGCUUGAAAUACUAGAAUCUGAAAAACUUAAUCUAGAAUAGCAUAGAGAUCAGCUAUUGUAAGAUUUGGAGGAGUCUGAUUAAAUUAAAGAUCAAUUAGUAGAAUAGCUUAAAAACCAAGACUAUGUCUUUAUGCAAAUCUAAGAGGAGAAAGAUGAGCUUUAAAGAGAUCUAGAGCAGAUGAUGUACUCUCAUAACAUAGAGGAAUAAACAAUUUUAUCAUUAAGAGACUAAGUUUAGAGACAUAUCGAAGACAUUAAAAACCUUGUCUUAAAAGUUCUAAACUAAGAGCAGGAAAUAGAGAAGUUUAAGCAUAGUGAUCAAGAAAAAUAAAUAUUGAUCAAUAAGCUUCAUUCGGAAAUAGACCAAAUGAAGAGAGACGCUCGCAAAAGAAAGCGAGAUGAAUUUAGUGUUUAAUUUGAUUCAAGCACUUCUGAUGCUAUCUAACAAAGAGAUAUAAAAAGAUAAAAACCUAAUGAUAACAGCAAUAGAGUAGACUAAUACAUUGAAAAAUCAUCUGGACUUUUUGGAGAUAGUAAGUAUUUGAUUUUUCAUCAUUAAAAUUUAGUAUCAGCUGAUAUUAGGUAAAACAGACUGCUAUUCAAUUAACUUACACAAAAAAUAGAUGUGAUUAAAAGUUUCCACCAACAAAGACCUUUAUAAUCACCUUCACAAUUUUAAUCAGAGUCCUCUUACAUAUCAAACCAAAACAGUUUCACACCAAGAAGAGAACUUGAAAAGGAAAACUAAAACAAUAUUUCAUCACUAAGAUACUUCAAUUCAACUUAAUAACCGAUGAGAGACAAUUUUAUGAACUAAAGGUAACAUCAGUCAGAUUUUACAAGGCCAAAUAAUGUAUACUCAAAACAGUAAUAAGAAAGAAGUAAUACAUUUGAGGGCAACAGCAUUAAUGGAAUUCAAAACAACAGCAAUAACCUUUCGAACAGUAGCAAUAGAUUUAGAAAUGUUUUUGACAGUAAUGAUUUAUCAAGCAAAUAAAAUGAACUCAUUAAUCCUAUCGAUUUAAAACAAAAGCAUCUUUAAAACCUGAGUAGGAUAGAAUAAAUUUAAAGCGAACUUAAUCAGAGUUAGAAAAAUCAUCAAAUCUCCAGCAUCAAUUAAAAUAUGAAUAACUCCUUCGAUUCAAAAUCUCCUAAUUAGUGA